AUGCGCAGCUUCAGACCUUUCCUGUCACCAAAUUUACUUGCCAACAGAAACAGACCAAUAUCUCUCAGAAUGUCAACCCCUCAGACAGUAAAAACGCGUAUCCUGAUCAUCAGCGACACACACUCCACACCCCUCGCACCUGCCUCGUCUUCCCAGCCUUUCCGCGAACCUCUUCCCUCGGCAGAUGUCUUGAUCCAUUGUGGUGACCUCACCAUGGAAGGUCUAACUUCCGAGUAUCACAAGACUCUGGAUAUGUUUGCUGCCAUUGAUGCACCGGUGAAGCUCAUCAUUGCGGGGAACCAUGACAGGACGUUGGACAAGACAUGGAUGAAGGAUCAUGAAAGAUUCUUGCGUGGGAAGAAGUGGGAGCAAACAUAUGAGGAGGCUCGGGAGAUGUGGUUUGGCAAGGAAGGGAGGGCGAGGAAAGAGGGAGUGAUGAUGUUGGAGGAGGGGAUCCAUGAGGUCGAGGUGGGGAACGGAGCAGUGUUGAAGGCACACUUGGAAGAAAGUGCUACUCGAAGGGGACUCAUCGAUCUUGCUAUUUCGACAACCAGAAACUAUUGUUAUCUAAUUCCGACACGACUGAUGAUUACCAUCAGCUCUACACAUCACCCUACCAGCCCGAGUNUCUACGACUGGGCAUUCCCAUACGAAAGAUACGAAGACCGCUACAAUCCUGCAUCUCAGACUCUUUCCGACGCCAAAAACAUUGCCGUCAACUCAAUACCCUCCUUCUCCGAUCAAGAGUUGGAUAUCAUCUGUACACAUGGUCCACCUUACAAACGCGGAGACAUCACCGCACAUGGCAAUGUAGGAUGUCCGCAUCUGCUCAAAGCGGUGGCUAGAGCAAAGCCAAUAGUGCACUGUUUCGGGCACAUCCAUGAGGGAUGGGGCGCAGAGACUGUGACAUGGAAUGAUGCCCCAGAAGCCGAAGAGAAGCAAACGAUGGAUCAGUUCAAGGCACAAGGCUACAAAGAGCACAUCAAAGAGGUGGAGAGAGUUGAAGUUGCAGAGAAAGAAGUAAAGAAGCAAAGAGCCGUGUUUGUGAAUGGUCGAACGAUCAGGAGGGGCGAGCAGACGCUUCUGGUAAAUGCAGCGAUUAUGGAUGUUGGGUACAGUCCUGUCAACGCGCCAUUUGUGGUGGACUUGGACUUGCCGAGGAAGAGAUGA